GUCCACUACAAAACCCUUUACAUCACACCAGCUACAUGACAGACCGCCGCUUUACACAGACCAACACCUGAAUUAAGAGAGUAGAAUUUCCUUUUUAAAGAGAAGGAAAACCCUUGACAAAGAACUUUACUUUUCAAAUUUCCAAUCAAGACAAGAGGACACAUCAUAAGGAUGGGAUCUGCUGGGGUACAGAUUGUAUGUGUGGCCCUUGGGGUCCUGGGCCUGAUCGGGGGCAUUGUGUGCUGUGCCAUCCCUAGGUGGAAAGUGUCAUCAUUUACAGGACAGAACAUCGUAACGGCACAGGAAACUGAAGAAGGCCUGUGGAUGAGCUGUGUGGUGCAGAGUACGGGCCAGCAGCAGUGUAAGAGCUAUGAGUCCAUGCUGGUCCUGCCAUCUGACCUGCAGGCGGCCCGCGCCAUGACCAUCAUCAGCUGCAUGGUCACCUCCCUGGCCAUCCUCAUCUUAUUCGCCGGCGCCGAAUUCACCACCUGCGUGGAGAAUGAGGACAUCAAGCCCAAGAUCAGCCUUGUGGCCGGGAUCGCCCUGUUGGUGUCUGGCCUCCUCCUCAUCAUCCCUGUCAGCUGGUCCGCCAACAACGUCAUCAGCAACUUCUACAACCCCCUUGUGGCUCAGAAGAUGGAGCUGGGAACCUGUAUCUUUAUUGGCUGGGCUGCUGGGGUGCUGCUGAUUCUGGCUGGAGGCCUGCUCAUGUGCUUCAGCAGAGCCAAAUCUGGCAGCUCGGGAGGAACCGCCAAGUACUACGGCAACAGCGCUUCAGCCCCCGCCGCCAACAAGAACUACGUCUAGUGCAUGUACUACACCUCUGUAUGUUUGUAUGUGUGUAGAGAGAUAGUUUGAUGUACUACACCUCUGUAUGUUUGUAUGUGUGUAGAGAGAUAGUUUGAUGGAAAGGAAAUGGGUCAGACAGAAUGGAAACUAGAAAGGGGAGGGGUUUAAUCUUGAGGAUAAAGAAGGGACAUUAUUAGUGGAAAUAAUGGUUGUAAAUAUUGAAUAUUUCAAAAUAGUAAGACUGGUUUAGUUGUAGUUAAUCCAAGGGUCCAAUAUGGUGGUUCAAUUUAAAAUACAAAUAGAUGUUUCUUUUUGGGGGGGGAACUAACUCAAUAUACUAUAAUAUACUAUAAAUCAAAACUGUGUAGAGAUGAUGAUGUACCUACAUUCAUUCAGUUUCUUAACUGUGUCCAGCUCGCUAAUAAUCACCUACAUGAAGGUUAGACAGUCUAGGAGCACCGGAAAUUCCAAAAACGAUGGAUAGAGGAAAUUAUUUUACAAAUUGUGACGGCGAGGAAAUAUAACCAAUUUUCAGUGUGGACCUCGUUGAAGACCAAAUGCAGCCCGCGGGGCAGAAUGAGUUCGACACCCUUGUUGUAAUGUGUUAUCUCGUUGAGUUUUUCAAUGCUGGGUGACAUGCUUCUAUAAUGCCAUGAAUGAACAACAGAGACCAAGGUGAGGGACUCAGUGGUCAUGCAUUUCAAAAUACAGGUAUAGUCAAAUGACUGUAUAUAUCAUUUACAUCCAUGAGAUCACAACUUUUUUACUUAUGAAAAUCAGCUUGUCUUUUACUUUUGUGUAUCAAAUAAUAAAUACAUGUUUUUAUUUUA